CUAACAUUGAAAGAAAAUGAAAUCUCGUACCGCAGACGUGGAGUUGUCAGGGGUAGUGUUAUUGCUGGUGAUCGGUGUUUGCAAUGCUCUGCCGAGCGGUUGUAAACGUUUGAAUGAGCGUCCAAAAAACGCGUUGAAACUCUCCUCAGCCGCAUUCCCGGCGGCCUCUUCAGUGCCUGGGACAGCCGACAAAGUUGUUUGUACCAAUUUGGAAUUGACAGAGGUUUUCCCACUAGACACCCUCCCCAAUAAGACUGUUACUUUGAUCCUCAGCAACAACAAAUUAACUGAGUUGAAGAAUAACUCAUUUGCUGGACAAAGAUAUCUGGAGAGAUUAGAUAUGAGGAACAACCUUAUCAGUAACAUAGAAUUAGCUGCCUUAUGGGGACUUUCAGCACUAAAAAGACUGGAUUUAUCUAACAACAGGAUAAGCUGUCUCAAUGGAGAAAUGUUCAAAGGCUUGUCCAAUCUUAUCCGAUUAAACAUUUCAGGAAAUCUGUUUUCUACACUGUCAGACGGGAUAUUUAAGAAUCUGCAGUUGUUGAAAUAUGUAGAAUUUCAGACUGAUUAUCUUUUGUGUGAUUGCAACUUGUUAUGGAUGAUUCAAUGGAUAAAGACCAAAAAUAUAACUGUAAGAGAAACUAAAUGUGCCUUCCCAAAGUCUCUGCAAAGGCAGCUUGUCAUGAGUGUUAAGAAAGAACUUUUGACUUGUGAUGCCCCUCUUGAGUUGCCAUCCUUUCAGCUGAGUCCUUCCCAUCGUCAGGUGGUGUUUGAGGGAGACAGUCUUCCUUUCCAGUGUAUUGCUUCUUACAUUGACCAAGACAUGCAAGUGCUCUGGUAUCAGAAUGGAAAAAUAGUGGAAACUAAUGAGUCCCAAGGAAUUUAUGUUGAAAAAAAUAUGGUUCAUAAUUGUUCCUUUAUUGCAAGUACACUAACUAUUUCAAAUAUCCAAAUGGAUUCCUCUGGCAACUGGGAAUGUCAUGUCCAAACUAAACGUGGAAACAGCAGUAAACAAGUUGAUGUAGUUGUCUUGGAAAGCUCGGCUAAGUAUUGCCCUCCAGAGAUGGUUAUGAAUAAUAAAGGAGAUUUCAGGUGGCCUCGUACACUGGCUGGCAUCACUGCCUAUCUGCUCUGUACCCGUUACUCUGCAAGCACUGGGAUCUACCCUGGUGGCUCUCAGGAUGAGAAGGCUUGGCGCAAAUGCGAUCGAGGAGGCUUUUGGUCAGAUGACAACUACUCUCGAUGUCAGUAUGCAAAUGAUGUUACACGGGUUCUUUACAUGUUUAACCAGAUGCCUUUGAACCUUACAAAUGCUGUAGCAACAGCACAGCAACUGCUGGCUUAUACAAUGGAAGCAGCAAACUUCUCAGAUAAGAUGGAUGUCAUUUUUGUGGCUGAAAUGAUUGAAAAGUUCGGUAGGUUUGCAGAGAAAUACAAGGAGCUUGGAGAUGUCAUGGUGGAUAUUGCCAGUAACAUCAUGUUAGCAGAUGAGCACGUCCUCUGGAUGGCCCAGUGGGAAGCAAAAGCCUGCACUCGAAUUGUUCAGUGCUUACAACGGAUUGCUACUUACAGGCUUGCCAGUGGAGCUCAAGUUUAUUCCACAUAUUCUCCAAACAUUGCAAUGGAAGCUUCUGUGGUGAAAGCCCAUGGCUUUGCUGGAAUGACUUGCACUGUGUUCCAGAAGGUUGCUAUGGCGGAUCGAACAGGACUUACUGACUUUGGGCGCAGAGAUCCUGAUGGCAACCUAGAUAAACAGUUCAGUUUUAAGUGCAGUCCUGGCAAUAUCAGCAACACACUUUCUAGUUUUGUAAUCAAGAAUACUAUUGCAGAGGCAUCUAUUCAAUUACCACCAUCCUUGUUUUCCCAAAAUCCUGUACUAAGCCAAACGGAAGAUGCAGUCUACAAAUUGCAGCUUAUUGCUUUUCGGAAUGGCAAACUCUUUCCAAGCACGGGGAAUUCUACAAAUUUGGCAGAUGAUGGAAAGAGACGGACUGUGGCCUCUCCAGUCAUCUACACUAAGAUAGAUGACAACAAUCUGUAUUCUCUCAGUCAACCUGUCACUAUUACACUGCGUCGUAUUGCGCACGGGGUGGAUGCUGUUGCAGCGUACUGGGACUUCAACCUUCUGAAUGGUUAUGGAGGGUGGAUUUCUGAUGGCUGCCAGAUUGUCACAUCGGAUGAGAAUGUCACCACCAUGCAGUGUCACACUUUGAACAACUAUGCAGUGCUGAUGGAUCUGACCGGUGCUGAUUUCCUACUGCAGACUGUUGAGUUCUUGCAUCCAGUAAUAUAUGUUGCGGGAACAGUAUUACUCACUUGCUUGGUUAUAAUUAUCAUAAGUUACAUAUAUUACCACAGGGUGAUCCGGAUCAGCAGAAAGAGUUGGCAUAUGUUGGUUAACUUCUGCUUUCACGUUUUCCUUACGUGUGCGGUGUUUGUAAUUGGCAUCUAUCAGACCAGAAAUAUUAGUGUUUGCCAGGCGGUUGGGAUAAUUCUACACUAUUCUACUCUUGCCACCAUCUUGUGGGUUGGUGUCACAGCACGAAAUAUUUUCAAACAGUUGACGAGGAAAGCAAAGAGAAGUCAGGAUCCUGAUGAACCGCCUCCCCCACCUCGGCCGAUGCUAAGGUUCUAUCUAAUUGGAGGAGGAAUUCCCAUCAUCGUGUGCGGUAUCACAGCAGCAGCUAAUAUUAAAAAUUACGGAAGUAAAGUGAAUGUACCAUACUGCUGGAUGGCUUGGGAACCCAGCUUGGGAGCAUUUUAUGGACCUGUUGGGUUUAUCAUCUUCGUAAACUGCAUUUAUUUUCUCAGCAUAUUUGUGCAACUUAAGCAGCACCCUGAACGGAAAUAUGAGCUGAAGGAAUCAGCGGAGGAACAGCAGCAUUUGGCGAAUACAGACCACGGAGAAUCGAAUAUUAAUGAUUCAACCUCAACAUCACAAGCAAACUGUUCUGUUGUUUCAUCCUCUGCACUGGAGAAUGAACACACUUUUCAAGCACAAUUGUUGGGCACAUGUUUGUCAUUGUUUAUGUACAUUGCCCUGUGGGUAUCUGGGGCAUUGGCAGUAUCCCAGUACUACCCUAUGGACCUUAUAUUUAGCUGCCUGUUCGGGGCCACAGCUUUGAGCCUGGCUGCAUUUCUCAUACUUCAUCAUUGUAUUGGCAGAGAAGAUGUCCGCCAGUGUUGGAUGACCACUUGCUGUCCAGGGAGGAGUACUUAUUCCAUUCAAAUUAAUGUCCCACCUACAGAUUCUAAUCAUGCUAAUGGUGAAACUCCAAAACUUACCAACAGUAGCACGGAAUCCUCCUGCACAAAUAAGACUGCUUCCAGCAAUAACAAACUAUCCCAAGGAUGUAAGCUAACUAAUCUUCACAUUGCUGCGGUACAGAACCAGCAUGCCCCUUUGGCAAGUAACUUAUCAACACAGCUGGAUAACAGCCUUACAGAACAUUCAAUGGACAAUGAUCUGAAAAUGCAUGUGACUCCUGUGGAAGUUCCAUUCCGUUCUAAUGGACAAGUGAACAGGCAUCAUAAAAACCGGACUAGGGCCCAUCAAGCUCAUCGGCACAGCAGGCUGACAGUGUUACGAGAAUAUGCAUAUGAUGUACCUACAAGUGUGGAAGGGAGUGUAUAUAAUAUCCAGCCAAGGAGUAGGCACAGUAACCAUGAAAGUCAUCAUGGCAUUAGGAAGUCUCGCUCCACUUUUAGAGACCGUCAUCAAAGCCGCAACCAACCUGAUGGUAGUGAUAUUUGUUACACACUGCCACAGUGCAAUCAGAAUACAGUAAAGAAUGGAGUUAGUAGUAGUAGUAGAGAAAGCAAGCAAAAACCAAUAGUGACUGAACAUGAGAACAAUAAAUCUUAUGGCCUUAAUCUGGCCAGUCAAAACGGACUGCUGAAAGGCAGUGGUCAAGAUGUUCCCUUGCUAAGUGCAGACAGCACUGGAAAUGUCAGAACUGGAUUUUGGAGAAAUGAGACUACCGUGUAGUUUGCGAAAACUCCUUAAUUUUAUUAAAGCAAAUAAAACUGUGACAUGCAUUCCUUUCCAAUUAAAAUUAUUGUAAAAGUUUACAGAAUUGUUUUGCAUUGUGUAUUGAAACUGAAGGUACUGUCAUACAUCUAGUAUGUGAAGCUAUAAGUUUCUUGUAUCUAAUUUUAUAUCUUUUUAAGAGACCCAAGGUUGCCAGUUUUGUGGAGUCACACUGAAUACAGUUUCGCAGUUUCUACUUUUGUAGCAUUUAGUCCUGUUUUGUUACACAUGACUGGAUGUUCUUAUACAUAAAUUUGCAUGAGAAAUAGAGCUCAGAAGCAUUGGGCAUUACAUGCUUCUCAGCAUGUAAUUUUCUAAGUAAUAAAAGGUUUGCCUUGUGACACAAUUAUAAGAGUCUGAGUGUUUUAGAAAAUCAAGCGGAUUAAGCAAUUUUAUGCUUGCUUUCAAUUUGUAAUGUAAAAUUUUAACAAAUAUAUUUCCUAUGUACUUCACAGAUGCUAUUUUAUCUCAUUGAUUUUGUGGGUGGAUGGAUACAUGACUUUAGUUCUGAGGAAAAGACCAGAAAACUGCUAGAUUAGCACUGUAAUAGCUAAACUGAACUGGUUUGAUAAAAUUAGAAAUGGAAAGAAUUAGUGCAAGUUUUGCUGCUCACUAUGAUUCACUGAUCACAAUUCACUGCUCACUUCUGAUGGGAUCAGAAUUUACAUUGUUCGUGAUGUUUGUUUAUGGCGCUAGUGAAUUGCUGCAGGCUCUGGACUGCAGAACAAUGUCCCAUCAUAAAUAUGCAUCUUCCAAAGAGGGAUAAGAUGUGACUGUAUAAGGAGCUAUUAAACCAGUUUUCAACACAUUUGUUUUUCUAGUACUCUUUAAACAUAGAUUAGAUCAAU